AUGGCGAGAAGCGUCCCUACUUCAGCCCAAGUUAUUGCUGUUCCUCAACCAGGGAGGUUUCACUACACCCUGGACAACAAUGUCCUCACCACAGAGCAAAGGCAGUUCUAUGAAGACAAUGGGUAUCUGCUCAUUAAGAAGCUCGUUUCUGAUGAAGACAUUGAGCGCUUCAGGAAGGAGUUCGUGAGGAUCUGUAAAAAAGAGGUGAAUCCACCGGGAGCUAUGAUUAUGAAAGACGAGUCCCUGCGAUCCCAGUAUGGUCAGUCUGAAAAAGGAGUAAAUAAAGUGCAGGACUUCCAGGAAGACAAAGAGUUGUUCAGAUACUGUACUCUGCCAGAGGUCCUCAGAUACGUUGAGUGCUUCACAGGGCCAAACAUCAUGGCAAUGCACACCAUGCUGAUAAAUAAACUUCCAGAUUCUGAUAAACAGACUUUUCUCCACCCCAUGCAUCAGGACUUGCACUAUUUCCCCUUCCGUCCUGCGGCCCGCAUCGUGUGCUCCUGGACCGCCAUGGAGAGGGCUGACGAGGACAACGGGUGCCUGGUCGUGCAGCCAGGGACGCACAAGCAGCCCCUGAAGCCUCACGGCUAUCCACAGUGGGAGGGUAAAACCAACAAACUUUUCCAUGGGCUGCUUGACGAGGAUGAGAAGAUUCCCAGGGUUCAUCUUGUCAUGGAGAAGGGAGACACGGUGUUCUUCCAUCCCCUGCUCAUUCAUGGCUCUGGGAUAAACAAGACAUCAGGUUUCCGAAAGAGUAUAAGCUGUCACUUUGCCAGCUCGGAGUGCUACUACAUUGACGUCAAGAACACGACCCAAGAGCACCUGGAGAAAGAAUUGGUAGAGAUGAUUCGCAAGAAAUACGACACGACUUCCGUGGAACUCAGGGAUAUUUGGAACUUCCGAGCACGGCUUGUGCAAGGGGAAAGAAUUAACCUGUAG